GGCGUUUUUCCUUUAAAAUAAAUAGUCCUUUCAUAUUUCUAUGGCAUACGAUUGUCAUUAACGGAUAUAAGUAUGUGGAUGCUCUCCUCGAUCUAAACUUUCAAACGAUACCAGGAAGUAUAUUGUGAAAAGUUGUUUCACCUGUGACGAGGAAACAAUGCGCGUGAUUUUGAGAAAAAAUGUGCUGAGCUGUCAUGCCGAACGUUUAAGGUUAAUAAUGAAAUCGAAAAAAAAAAAAUAAUACAAAUGGAGUGUUUAGAAUUUUUUUUAGAUACGAGAACACGAUUUUAUAUUAUUUCACUUCGAUUAAUUGUGAUUGUUUCAAUGAUUUUAUCCAUGGAAUUUUGGUUUUCGAGUGCCGUUUUAAAUGUCUUGAAUAAAAAUUAAUGGAUAUAAAAAACGGUGUUUCACGGUCGAUAGAUUCACGGUCGUUUACAGUUUAAUAACAAGGCUUUCUUGAAGUAAAAUUUGACUCCCCCCGUUUUAUCAAUAGUGUUCGGGAGUUUUCUAUAUUUGUGGACAAGAAGUAGCUUCAUCGACGACACCAGCGGUAUUUCGUAUGCCAACAAUGGCGAUGCAGAAGAUGAGGCGACAAGGUCAAGACGUGAUGCAAGUGAAUUUGGCAGGUAUUAGGCGAGAUAUUGUUAAUCUUGCCCACAACUACAGCAACGCGCAGAAAGCUGUACGGAAAGCCACCAGCAAUGAUCCUUGGGGCCCAAGCGGUACGCUCAUGGCAGAAAUUGCUGAUUUAACGUACAAUGUUGUGGCUUUUACCGAGAUUAUGCAAAUGUUGUGGAAAAGAUUGAACGAUCACGGUAAAAAUUGGCGGCACGUGUGGAAAGCUUUACUUCUCUUAGAAUACCUCAUUAAAACUGGAUCGGAAAAAGUUGCACAGCAAUGUAAAGAAAAUAUUUUUGCCAUCCAAACUCUGAAAGAUUUCCAAUAUAUGGAGGGAUCUAAGGAUCAGGGGGUGAUAGUACGAGAGAAAGCACAGCAACUAGUGGCCUUCUUAAAAGACGAUGACAGAUUAAGGAACGAAAGAGCUAGAGCACUGAAAGCAAAAGAAAGAUUCGCGCAAUCGGUUAGCGGAUUUGGGAGCGACGGAUUAGAUACUAUGUCACCUGUAAGCAAUGAUUUCCAAGAUUGGGAACCAUGCCGUUUGGGAUCUGAAUCUACAGCUAGGCGUGCAACUGAAUUGGAAGCUGCAAGGCCACAAACAGUGGGAGAAGAGGAAUUGCAGCUCCAAUUAGCUCUUGCAAUGUCUAGGGAGGAGGCGGAGCAAGAAGAACAAAGAAGACGUAGCGAUGACGUCCGAUUACAAUUGGCCCUCAGUCAAAGUCAGCAGGAUUUUAAACAACCGCAAUCUGAGAAACAAAGUCACGUGCUCGAUUUGUUGGACGUGAACUUGGGCGGCGAAGCAAGCGGAUCCAGUGUACAAACUGAUCCUUGGGGUGUACCGAUCACGGUACCUUCGCCCAGACCACAGCAACAAAGUGAUCCAUGGAGCGUUCCCACAACCAGUAGCACGUCACCCGUAAUAGAUCCAUGGGCUCCUGUUCCGCCGCAAAGACCAACUGCUACGAUCGAUCCAUGGCGAGCACCCGCACCAUCGCCUGUACCAGUUACGUCUCCACCUACGGCGGAUCCUUGGUCAUUGGUACCACCAAUUGCUGAAGCCGAUGCACCUAAAAAACCGAUUGGCAGAGAAGGUUUAACAUCUACAUCUCCGUCUUUUAACAAUCCUACCUUAACGCAAAAUAUCGGUUUUGCGGCGCAGUCCCCGCAAAACAUAGGCUUCAAUUUGCCUACAACCGCGAGUGCUACUUUUAACGCUACUAGCAAUGGUUUCAACGGUACCGGGCCUAGUUUUAACAAUUUCUCCACGGCGAAUCAGAACAGUUCCGCGACCAGUCCGCUGAGCGAUCUGGAUGACUUUGACGUGAUUACUAACAGAAAUAAGCAUGGAUCUAGUCCACAACCAACAAAUAACGGAGGUACACUGUCGCCGGAUCCAUUCGAUUUGGGAGGUAUGGCCGAAAAUCUACCGAGUACAGGGGCAAUUAAAAAAACGCCGCAGUCGUUCCUUGGCGAGAAUUCUGCCCUCGUUAAUCUUGAUAAUCUUGUCAGUACUUCUACAAUCAAGCCCGCAUCGCCCACACCUGCAGCAACCGUGUCAUACUCAGCAAAUCCAUUUGCGACGGCAACACCACCACCCCGUCCUACGAUUAAUCAGAUUCGACAGGAUCCUUGGGCAGCGAAUACAACUACUACAGCGAAUCCGUUCCUCUCGUAGCUUGACGAUACAAUUAUCGAAGAUGUCGGUCGUAAAAUCAAGAGCACUGUGGUCUAAAAAGUAUUCGAGGUUUUUAGCGGUAACCCUGUACGGUAUAAGUUUCUUGCUCGCUAUUAACUACCUUCAUUUCAAGGUAUAGAUGACACACAUACAAAAGACAGAAAAAAAAAGAACGUCCUAUAAAAAUAAAGUAUUCGGAAGAUACUCGUUUUAAUAUUUAAAAAUAACAAUCGUCCUCUUUUACAUUCGAUUGGAGCGAUAAUCGAUCUCUCUAGUCUUGAUCAAUGAAAAACAGAAGCGCGAAGGAAGUGAUACGCCAAUAUAGGUUCACAGUCAACUCACUUGAAUCGAUAAUUAACGUCUCCAAAGGAUACCGCUGACAUCGAUAUUUAUUUCUAUGUAGUAAUUUUUUAAAAGAAAUCCACUAAAGAUUCGUUUCUAUUGCUGCUUAUUGCGCCGGAAAUGUUUGCGUACGCUAUGAUUGAAUCGCUUGUAUUUUUAUCGCGUAACGAUCAUGAAUGGGGAACUAUCUCGAGAAAGGUGACAAACGAAGAAGCAAAAUGAAAAGAGAAAAUUAUGUAAAUCGCUUACGCGCUCCCCAAGGUAUAACUAGAUUUUAUAAGCACCUUUUUCAUAUAUAGUAUAUUUUUUAAGUGCGACUCAAUUUGGUAAUAGGGAUAGAUCAUUGAACGAUAUUUUCCGUGGGCUAUAGAGGAGUAAAGCGAAGCGAUGCGAAGGUAAAAACGGUUGACGUCGGAAUCAGUUUCUUUGUCCAUCUAUUUAUAUACGUGUUUUUCUACGGCUAACGAGAUCGUGAGACUGUAAUCGUGAUUCGCAAAAAGUAUAUUAUAUCGAACAGGGUUCGUCGGUUUAAGUUAUACGUUUUAUGUGACGUGCAUCGAUCGCGGUUCGUAAAAAUAUUUGUGUCAUUGCAUGCCUUUUAAUUGGAAAGAAGAUCGGCAACGACGUAACUAAAUACUCAUCUUGCCGAAAAGAUGUUGUCAAUGCGAUGUGUCGUUUGUUAAUAAUUUACUGCGUUCGAUAACACCUCCGAGUACUUGCGGACGAGAACAGUUCGUAGCAGUUUUCGCGGCUGCCAAAAGUAAUGUCGUCAUCUUUUAAUGCCGUAAAGCUACACGCGAUACGUACGAGUUGAAUUUAGUUAUGAAAUUUUACGCAUUUGAUUUUUGGGCGACUGUUCAAUGUUACUCGCAUAGGCUUCAUGCACUACAGAGAACCAAACAUAGGCGUAGCUGAUAUGCAUUUUCCUAUCGGUGAGAAGUCGCUGUUAUUUAAAUCCGAGCGUUCUAUAAUUUUACAAGAAGCUCGUUAUCGAUGCAAUAGAUUAUGUUGGUUUACAUGGAAAAAUUGAGAAUUCGAAGAAUUUUCGGUGCAAAUAUUUCCGGACGAAACGGCGUCCGACUGUCGGAUUUAACGAACCAACAUGAUCUUAGGAGGAUCAUGCGAAGAGCAUUAGCUUUCGUUGUACACGAAACAAUUUACAAUUGUACCUUGAUUUAUAUAAAGAAACAAAAAAAAAAAAAUUGUAAAUAUGUUACAGCAUAUCGUUCCCCGAUUGUCAAGUCACUUUUUUCCAUCUAUAGUCGGUAUAAUAGGAUAUUCUAACGAAGCCUGAAAGUGUUUUCUAACAUCUUUGUGCGUUGUUUUCCCGUUUACUGGGGGGGGGGAAAUAUUGCUGAGUUCGUUAUUUUUACAUCGAUUGUUUCCACGCUCGAGUAAGCGAGACUAUCUAGUAACGACUCCAUGGAAAUACCAAAACGAUGUUCAUCUUUCUUAACGGUGGUAAUCGAUAAUCAAAAUAUGUAUUUAUUAGUAACGUUUUUAAAGGAACUACUUUGCAGGGUAGUAUCGAUACCAACUCAGCAUUUCGUUUUUAAAACUAUUAACGCAUUUUACAAUUUUUAUACGAGAAAACGGAUUUUGUGCGUUCACAGCGAUUGGCAAAGGGGAACAGUAUCUGCCUGCUUGUCCUAAGUGAAUUAUACAUGAGUUGUACGUGAUUUCAAUUCUGUUAUAAGUAACUAUCGCUUGAAUAAUUCCAUUGUAUUAUUCUUCAUUAAAUUAAUGAUUUGUUUCUUUAUGCAUUUUCAACAUACUUGCUUAUAUGAUUGAAAUUGUAUGUUUAUUAAUGUAUAUUUAUCCAAAUGUUCGCGAAAAUAUGAAGUUAGCGAUUAAGGGUGUGAGUCACUCGGUACACUCAAAGUUGUAUUACACUGAUUUAACAAUCUGCAUCCACUGCUUUUAUAGAGAAGACAAAGACACCGUAUUUAAUGUCGUGCUUGCUGAAUGUACGAUUUAACGUUUAUAAUAUUUUCUUUUAAUUUGCUAAAUGUUCAGUAUAUUUUUAUAAUUUCUUCUUACAACAACGUAUUUUUCUAUACAACGAAAAAAUAAUUAUCACUCUUUUGUAUGUAUAUCAUGUGAUGCACGAGUCUUCAUUUUUACGCGAACAAUGGAACACAGUUUAGUUUUUAGAGUUGGUGUAAGUGCAGAAAAAAUUCA